GGUUCAACUCCACCGGUAACUGUUUUCAAAGGUUCCAAGAAACCUUACUUAAAAGAAUGCAUAUUGAUUAUUAACCAUGACACUGGAGAAUGUCGACUAGAAAAACUCAGCAGCAACAUCACUGUGAAGAAAACAAGAGUUGAAGGAAGCAGUAAAAUUCAGUCUCAUAUAGAGCAACAGCAGCAACAAAUACGGAAUUCAACUAGGACUCCACAUUUUGUAAAACAUUCUCCAUCCAAAGACAAGGUGUCCCCAGAAUCUCCAAUGGAUGAUAUUGAAAGAGAACUGAAGGCAGAAGCUAGUCUAAUGGACCAGAUGAGUAGUGGUGACAGUUCAUCAGAUUCCAAGAGUUCUUCAUCCUCAAGUAGUGAGGCUGGUUCUAGUGACUCAGAAAACGAAGAGUUCAGCUCUCCUCCUCCUGAUCCAGGGAAUCAUAACCCAAGAUAUCAGACCUUGUCAGCCAUGCCACAAUGCAGGAUUCCGGAUCUAAAUGCCAGUCCUAAUAGAUUUCAUGACAGCAGUGGCCUUAUGAUUAAUACUUUAAGAAAUGAUUUGCAGCUGAGUGACUCUGAAAGUGACAGUGAUGAUUGAAGAAACAUUUAGAUAUAAAUAUUUUUACAAGGUGUGUGAUAAUUUAUUUUGUAUUAAAAAUAAAAAUACCCCCCAAAAUGAUUUUAUUAAGUAAUUAAAAAUUAAAAACCUAAUAUUGUAGAAAAUGUCAAUGUAAGAAUCUAUAUAUGAUUCAGAAGUUUAAGUUGUUGUUGCAUUUUUAACCUUUUAUUGUCUCCCAAUUUUAAAAUGCCAAGUUACAAUAUAUAAUAAAUAUAAUUUUAAUUAUAUUUCUGAGCCCUUUUUGACUAAAGUUCCUGAAAUUUUGGUUGAAGAUAAUUUAAGACUCAAUUAAGCUAGAAUUUAGGUUUAAAGUGAGGUUAAAUAAUUGUUUUAAAGAGGAGCUGAUACCAAGGACUCAACUAGAGAGAAAAUGCUUUGAAAAUGAUGAA